AUGAAAUUGGUUAUUCUUUUGGCGCUGUGUGCCGUUGCAGCAGCAGCCCCUAAAGCCAACAGAGAUGCUUUUGCCAUAGAGGAGUUCGAAAGAUUUCAAGCUACUGGAAAUCGCAACAUUCUCAUCAAUGCUAUCAUAACGACGCUCUUCCAACGUCUUCGCUCUAUAAUUUUAGAAGGAUGGGAAGAGAAAGGAGUUCCCGUACUUGAUCCUCUUGUGAUUGAGAGCACGCAUAUCACUAUUCCUGCAGAAAUCAUAAAUUUGGAUCUGCAACUGAAAAACGCUCAAGCAACGGGAGUGGGAGACUUCGUUGUCCACAAAAGUAUUUUGAAUGUUAACGAAAUAUCCUUCGAUGUGGACAUUUCUGUGCCAACACUCGAAAUCAGUGCUGAAGAAUAUGACCUGCUUGGUGACUUCUUCGCCGCUAUUCCUCUGUAUGGAAAGGGUGGUGCCGUAUUCCAUAUUGAAGGAUUCAGAUUUAGCGCAAAACUAUUCUUGAAACAAUCUGAGGACGAGAAAUCUAUCCUUAUCGAACGAAUUGAAAAUCUGACGUUUGUCAUCCCAGGAUUCAAGUCAAACUUGGAUGGCGCUGUUGGCGGAGGAGACAUUGACAAUAUUGUGAACGCACUUGUCGAGGAAGUAAUCAUCGACUACGUGAAUCGUUUUCGCGGAGCUAUUGCAAAGGUCGCUAACGGAGCUCUAGUGAGAAUCCUAAAUUCGUUCUUGGAUGGUCUAAACACCUGGCAUUACCUGGCUAUGUUACUACCUAAAUGA